CCUCUCGGCCCCUGUUGUCACAGUUUUGGAUACGUGGGGCUUUUGCUUUCUCUGUUCUCACCUUUUUUCUUUUUUUCCUUUUCCUGUAUUCUACAACUUCAUAUCUCUUUGAAUCCUUACUGAUUCUUUUGCCUUUAUAAACCCCACUGAACCAACAUAGACUUUCCCUUUUUCAUAAAUUGUCACAUAGUCCUUUUUGAUUUAAUAAACUCUAACUUUGAACUCUCUGAGGAGUCCAUUGUAAGGUCAAUCUCCAAUAUUCCCCCAAAAUGGAUGGGAGCAAUUAUUACUUGAUGAAUAGGAGCCACAUUCCAGCAUUUGGUAGCUGGGACUGUAACAAUGAUUUUCCAAUUCCUUUCACUCAGUGCUUUGAAUCUGCUAAAAAAGUUGGGUUGCUCAGAUACAGCUACUCUGAUGACCGUGAUUUGUAUGUCGCCGGAGAUCUAUACCAGAAUGAUAUCCUCACUCCGGCCAUGAUCGUCGUUCCUCGUCGUAAGAGAAAAUCAAUUAUUAGUGAUGGAGUUGGAAAAGCAAGAAAGGAGAGGUGGGUGGUGUGCAAUUGUGAAUAUGAAUAUGAUGAAGAGAAAAAGGACGUAAGUAUUGUUCCACCAUCUCCACCUAUAAGAGCAUCCAAAGCAGUAGAUGAAGAUCUCUACAAGAUUUCCCCUCAAUUGCUCCACUAUAAGCCUGCAAGGAAAGGUGUUAGGAGAUUCUUUUCGAGCUGCUUGCUGCCAACUUGUGCUUCUUGAUCCUCAAAUAACACAAGAUUGUCAACAUUAUAUAGGACUAGUAGUAUCGUAUUAAUAGUUGCUAUGUGUCUAAUAUUAAUUUAGUGUUUGGAGUAUUUUCUUGGGGUUUUAGCACUAAAUUGGCUUAUAAACUCAGAGAUUAUGCCAGCCCAAGAAAACAAAUAUCCAUCAUUAGCUUAGGAUGGUCAACAUUAAGAGAAUUCCUUCUCUAUUCUAUUGCUAGUAUGUUUCCCUUUGGAAGUAUUUUCGUCUCAAUUGCUCUGCUAGCUAAUGCACUUCUGUUUUGCUUCCUUAAA